AUGUGCCUACCUCCUUUGUAUACUACUCCCUGUUUUUGCCUGGUUUCCUACACCCUGCUGCUUCUUGCUGCAUCCCCUUCAAGAGCUGAAGUUAUCCAAAAACGCUUUGCUCGAAGUUAUAGUCACCUGGAGGGGGAUGUUAGAUGGAGACGUCUGUACUCUGCAAUGCAAUAUUUCCUGACCAUUGAUGCAUCUGGCAAAGUAAGGGGGACACGAAGUUACUGUACUAACAGUAUAUUCCAAGUUUACUCAGUGAGUGUAGGAGUGGUGGCAAUGCACUCAGCUGGAAGUGGUUUGUAUUUAGCCAUGGACAGGAAAGGAAAGGUAUACGGGGAGGAAGAUUAUGGCCCAAACUGUAGAUUUAGAGAGCGGAUUGAGGAAAAUGGUUACAACUCAUACUCUUCUGAGAGAUGGAGUCACCGGAGACGCCCUAUGUAUGUGGCACUGAGAGGAAAUGGGUGGGUAAAAAUGGGAAGGAGGACUCGACACACCCACCGCUCAGCACACUUUUUACCUUUUCCCAUGUAA